AUGGGAUCUGUAGCAAAGAAUGGACUCAACAAUUACGUCAAACAGCUUCAGGAACAUCCUUUGAGAACUAAGUCAAUUACUGCAGGGGUGUUGAUGGGGAUCAAUGACAUAGUGUCUCAGAAGCUUACUGGGAUUCGGAAACUUCAAUUGAAACGACUUUUUCUCAAAGUGUUUAUUGGAGCCGCUUAUUUUGGACCCUUUGGACAUUACUUUGAUAUAAUACUGGAAAAGAUUUUCAAAGGAAAGAAAGAUUCAAAAACUGUGGCAAAGAAGGUUCUGAUUGACGAAUUGAUAUCUUCUCCUUUGAACAAUUUGAUUUUCAUGAUUUACUACGGAUUAGUUAUUGAAGGCCAACCUUGGGUGCAUGUGAAAGCUAGUGUGAAGAAGGGUUAUCCAUCGGUGCAAUAUGCUUCAUGGAUGUUCGGAUCUGCUGUUGGGUUGAUAAAUUACAAAUUCAUACCUCUUCAUUUCCGUGUUGUUUUCAACAAUUUAAUAGGAAUUUGCUGGGGAAUAUUCAUGAACCUUCGAGCACGAUCUAUGGCAUUGACUAAACCCUGA